AUGUCAUCAUCUGGAAAUAAUAGUGAACGUGGAUCAUUGACCAAUUCACCUGUUAUUAGAAGUAUUACUUCAAAGGAUGACGAUGAACAGGAAGAUGAAGUCAUGAGUGAAGUCGAGGAAGCUGCUGCCGCCGCUAUGGACGAAGACGACGACGCCAAUGAAAACAACAAUGAAGACGACCAACCGUUGCCAUUCAACGAUGACGACGACGAGGAGGAGAACCGUGACGAAACAGAGGAGCAGCGUAAGGAGCGUAUCGAAGCGAUCAAACUCGAGAAGGAUCGUCUCAAGCAGUUGAAAGACGAACAGAAGAAGCAGCUUUCAGAACUCGAAAAGAGACAGCGUGAACAACUCCAAGCCGACAAAGACAAAUCACAGAAGGACCGAUUGAAGUUCCUCUUGGAACGUACCGAAAUCUACUCUCAUUUCGUAUCGAACAGCAGCUCGCAACCCAAAAAGAAAAAGAACGGUGACAUCCAUUCCACACCCACCAAACGUGGUACCAUCACCGAGAAAGAGGAAGACGAUGAAAUCAUGAAGGAAGCAAUCGAUGAGGAAGCACCACAUUCAUUCAAUUUCUUUACAACCAAUCCACCUUAUAUUAAACAUGGUGUUAUGAGAGAUUAUCAGAUCUAUGGAUUGAAUUGGUUGAUUCAAUUGUAUGAGAGAGGUAUCAAUGGUAUUCUGGCGGAUGAGAUGGGUCUUGGAAAGACAUUAGGUCCACAUUUAAUUAUCGCUCCUAAAUCUACUCUCUCUGGUUGGUGUAAAGAGUUUAAAAAUUGGUGUCCAUCCUUAAGAGUUGUCAAAUUCCAUGGUGAGAAACAAGAAAGACAAAAAAUUAAAACAGAACAAUUGGUACAUAAGAAAUUCGACGUUUGUGUUACCACCUAUGAAAUGGUUAUCAAGGAUAAAUCUGUCUUUAAGAAGUUCAGUUGGAGAUACAUCAUCAUCGACGAAGCACAUAGAAUCAAGAAUGAAAAUUCAGUACUCUCCAAAGGUGUCAGACUUUUCAACUCUCAAUUUAGAUUAUUAAUUACUGGUACUCCUUUACAAAAUAACUUGCAUGAACUUUGGGCAUUACUAAACUUUUUAUUACCAGAUGUAUUUUCAUCGAGUGAUGACUUUGAUCGUUGGUUCAAUUUAGAGCAAACCGAGAAUCAACAGGAAGUCAUCGAUAAACUUCAUAAAGUAUUGAGACCGUUCUUGUUGCGUCGUCUCAAGUCAGAGGUGGAAAAGUCACUGCCACCAAAGAAGGAAAUAAAGCUGUACGUUGGUCUGUCUGCUAUGCAGCGUGAGUGGUACAAACGUCUGUUAAGCAAAGACUUUGAAGCGUUGCACGGUGUCGGUGUCAAGGGUAGCUCUGGUCGUGUCAAACUACUGAAUAUCUGCAUGCAGCUAAGAAAGGCAUGCAAUCAUCCGUAUCUCUUUGACGGUGCCGAAGAGCAGCCUUACACUACAGGUGACCAUCUCAUUAACAACAGUGGUAAGAUGGUGUUGCUCGACAAGCUGCUCGGUCGUCUUAAGCAGCGUGGUUCUAGAGUUCUUAUCUUCUCGCAGUGGGCAAGAAUGCUUGAUAUUCUCGAGGACUACUUGUUGUACCGCGACUACUCGUACUGCAGAAUCGACGGUUCUACCGACUCGCAAACUCGUGAGAACUACAUCGAAUCGUUCAACGAACCGGGUUCAAAACACUUUGUAUUCAUUCUCACUACUAGAGCCGGUGGUUUGGGUAUCACUUUGAACACCGCCGACGUUGUCAUUCUCUUUGACAGCGAUUGGAAUCCACAGAUGGAUCUUCAGGCUCAGGAUCGUGCACAUCGUAUCGGUCAAACCAAGCCUGUCACUGUCUAUCGUUUCGUCACUGAGAGUUCAAUGGAGGAGAAAAUGGUUGAAAAAGCAGAGCUCAAGCUUCAACUCGAUGCCGUUGUCAUUCAACAGGGUCGUCUUGUCGAACAAAACAAGUCGGCCAAUCCCGAGGAGCUGUUGUCAAUGAUUCGUUUCGGUGCCGACGACAUCUUCAAGUGCAAAGACUCUUCUAUCACCGACGAGGACAUUGACAGCAUCCUUCAGAAGGGUGAAGAGAAGACCAAGCUGGUCACCGAUAAACUUAAGGAUCUUGCAACCAAUCCAAUUAAAUUCACAUCCGAUGGUAAUCUCUACCAAUUCGACGGUGUCGACUACAAGGCACAACACUUCACCACCAAUUUCUGGGGUGAGAAUUUCAAGAGAGAGAGAAAGCCGAUCGAGCUUAACGAAGACUAUAUGAAGAGCAUCGGUAUCGCUCCCAAUAAGAAUCCAGUCAAGAAGGAGAAGAAGGAGAGAAAGUUCAAGCCACCCAAGCAGCCAGUCACUCACGAUUUCCAAUUCUACGCUCCACGUCUUGUUGAGUUGUUGCAGAAGGAGAUGAAUGCCUACAAUGCUAAAUGCGAGUACUACGAUAAGAAGGACGAAAAGCAGGACGGAGGAGACGCCAAAGAUGGCGACGACAAAGAGGAGCCAGAGCCAGACUUUGGUGAUCUCACCGAAGACGAACAGGCACUCAAGGAGAAGCUAUUGCCCUCGGGAUUUGCCGAUUGGAACAGAGUCGACUUUAGAAACUUUAUUCGUGGUUGUGAACUCUACGGCAGAAAAGCCUAUGAUACCAUCGCCGAUAACAUGGAGGACAAGACCGCCAAGCAAGUUCAAGACUACUCCAACGUGUUUUGGAAGCGUUACAAGGAGGUAGCGGAAUACGAGAAGUUGAUAUCGAGAAUAGAAAAGGGUGAAGAGCGUCUCUUGAAGUAUAAGGAGACUAUUGAAGCACUCGACCGAAAGGUCGCUCAAUACAAGAAUCCAUGGCAACAACUCAAGAUUCAGUAUGGUAUCAAGAAGAACAAGACCUACAACAGCGAUGAAGAUACCUUCUUGGUUUGCAUGAUGCAGAAACUUGGUUACGGUGCUUGGGAUGAAUUGAAAGAAGAGAUUCGUAAGGCACCACAGUUCCGUUUCGAUUGGCUGAUCCAAACCAGAACACCACAGGAACUCAAGGCUAGAUGCGAUAUACUCUUGAAAUAUAUCAUCAAAGAGGAACAAGACGAAGCGGAGCGUGUCAAAGAAGCAGAGAGACUGAGGAAAGAAAAGGAAAAGGAAGAAAAGAAGAAAGAAAAGAAAAAAGAGAAAGAAAAUAAGGAAAAAGAAGAGAAGAAAGAAAAGAAAGAGAAAGAAAAGAAAGAUUCAUCGAAAUCAUCAAAGUCGAAAGAUAAAUCAAAGGAUACUAAAGAGAAGAGUAAGGAAAAAGAAAAAGAGAAGGAUUCUUCCUCAAAGAAGAGUUCCUCUAAAUCAUCAUCAUCAUCAUCGAAAGAUAAGGAAUUAAAGAGAAAGAGUGAACAAAGUGAAGAUUCAUCAGUAGCUGCUAAGAAGUCAUUGAACGGAUCGAAAUACUCUGACUCUGAGGAUGAAAAAUCAGUUCCAGAUGUUCCACCAAAGAAAAAGUUAAAAGAAACCUCAACCUCCUCUAAAUCAAAGUCAACCUCUUCCUCCUCCUCCUCAAGCAGUAAAUCAUCAUCAUCAUCAAAGAAAUAG